AUAAGUUAUUUUACUAUGGUAAUAACCUUUUCCCUGCAUUACUCAAAUGGAAAUUAGAAAACAAAUCUUAAAAGAGUAAAUUUCACUUGCGAUAAGUCAUUUAAGUUGCAGAUAAAACUUCGAAGCUUUACAAAUGAAUUCAGUGAACGCUUGUUGGUUAACAGUUAUUGGUUGUUAUAUGGCAGCAGAAUGACAGGGCCCACAAACGUUUCGUCAAAAAGAAAAUUAAGACUCGAAAAUAAGAAGAAAAAAAUGGCUGCUCUUUUAGACAUAGUAAAACUAAACGAAUGCGACAGACAAAAAAACAAAUUACACCAACAGGACCAUCAGAAGGAACCAAAUUUUGCAAUGAUUGCAGAACCCAGUGCCAAAAAAUUUAAACCAGAACAGAAAGAGGAUGGAUCAGCAAAUGUGGAUUUUGUCAAACCAAAGCUUGAAGGAGAGGCAUUUGAUGAGUUGAAAAAAAUGCUCAGAGAUAAAACAAAUAAGAUUCGUAAUAGCCCAAAAUUUAGGCUCCGAGAUAUGGGAGAAAGUGCCACACUUAAGAUCCGACUAGAGAACCGUUCACCAUUAUUUCUCUCUGACAUUCAGCACCUUAUUAUGUACUCUCAAGUUGGAGUACACUCCCCAUACUCACCAACAAGGUGGUGUUCUCUUGAAAAGUACAACAGACUCAAGAGUGUAAACUUAUUAAUUGUGGAGAAUGUCUCCUUGUACCACUAUGAAGCAUUUGAAAGUGAAUUUCAAUUUUUAAAAUCUAAUUUUGAACACAAAAUUGAAUUUGUAUCGCCAUUAUCUUACCGAGGAGAUAUUAUUAAAGAGUUGUCUAUGGUGCCCCUUUCUGCAACCCAGAUGCGGAAAUUAAUAAACGAAUACGGAACUAUGGCGGAUGCCGCCAAAAAUUGCACCGAAAUAUUUGACACCGUUAAGAAUUUUUUCCCUAUCGACGAGUGCCCCAGCGAACCUAGGGAAACUAUCAGCGGGUUGCCGGCAAGCGACAAAUUUUCAAGAACACAAUUAUUAUUGUCGGGUUGGCAAAUGAUUGAAGAAAACUUUCCAUUACCCAUUAAAGGGCUUGUAGAACGAAAAUACGCCGAUUAUAAGUUAACUAAAGAGAAGUACAAAAAUGUCACUCCUACCAGUCCGAUGGUGGGGAUCGACUGCGAGAUGUGCCGGACCAGUACAGGUGAACUCGAAUUGACAAGAGUAUCGGCUGUCAACGAAAAGCACGAGGUAUUCUACGACACGCUGGUGAAACCGGAUAACAAAAUCGUCGACUAUUUGACUCGAUUUUCCGGGAUUAAUUCCAAGAUGAUGCGAUCGGUGACGAAAAAGUUAAAAGACGUCCAGAACGAUCUCAGGAGGAUUCUACCCGAUGACGUCAUAUUAGUGGGUCAGUCACUGUCUAACGAUUUGCACGCGUUGAAAAUGAUGCAUCCCUAUGUGAUAGACACUAGCGUAAUUUACAACAUAACCGGAGACCGAGCGCGCAAGUCCAAACUGCAAACCUUGGCGCAGGAGUUCCUCAACGAGACCAUCCAAUCGGGUCACGGGCACUGCUCCAACGAGGACAGUCUCGCGUGCAUGAAACUGACCCAGCUCAAACUCAAAAAGCACCUGUAUUUCGGCGACGCGAUAAUGGGCUCGAUUUUUACCGAACAAAGGGCGUACCCAGACAUCGGCACGUCCAGCUACGCCACCAGCAUGCUGCGGCAGUGCACCAAAAUGGACAAAACGGCGUCCGUGGUCGGCGUCGACGACACCGCGGACAAGUAUAAAUUUUACGUGGACAAGAACGUGACUCGCGAGGUGACCAAUAUCGCGUGCACGUCCGAAACGUCGAACAGGGGCGUGGUGAAAAAGUUCUGCGAGAACCUCAACCGUUAUUCAUUGAACGUCGGCCAGAUAAGGAUAGCGGAGACCGAAUUGGACAACUCGAACAAGGCGUUCAACACUCUCGACAAGUGGAUAGGUGAAGUUUACGCGUGCGCGGAAAUGCCGACGCUUUUGGCGGUGAUGUUCGGCGGCCAGAAAGACGGCGGCAACGGGGCAUGUUUCCUGCAGCUGCACAGGGAAUACGUAUGAGCGCGGGAACUAUCGUUGCGCCCUCUUUUUACAUAUUACGUCGUUAACUCCAUUAAAACAUUUUUUUCUCUGUUUUCCUUGCCUCUUAUUUCCAUUUUUUAUUGAUAUUGGUAGCAUCUCAUCGUUCGGUAAU